AUGCCAAGCAAACCCAUAUCGAGGACCUCUUUCCUCUCAAGUGAAGAGGUAAAUUUAGGCAGCCUUAUCACCAAUAUAAACCAACCUGAACUGGGCGCCCGUGGAUGCCCCUGGCCUCUGGGACGAAUUGAGGAUUUUGCCGUCAGAUCUGUACCCGACAUGUGCGCUGCUACUCAGCCUACGAAAGAAACAGGACUAUCUGCUUCAUUCUCCCGUUUAUUCAAGAUAUCUAUUGGCGGUUGUGCAGAUAGCGACAACAUGCUUCCCAGAGGCGGAAAGAUAUAUACACUCAAAAAGCCGAGGGAGCUAUUCCAUAAUCUCAGCACAGACAAAGGAGUUAAGAAAUGGCUGCAACAACAAAUUGGUGAAAAGUUGGACGUGUACUUGGUGGAGGGACUUGCGACAUUAGAGGGAAAUUCUUCGAGUAGCUGCAUGGAUAGUGAAGAAAGUUAUCCAGCUCAGGGAGAAUUGAUCUGCGCUAUGCGUCUUAUGAAGCUUGUCUCUAAGCCCUUCAGGACGAAGACUAUUGAGUCUGCACGGUUAGAGAAGAAUAGCUCUUGGGAGGUGUUCUCGGACAGCAAGGCGUUGCACACUCAGGCAGCGGAAUGGGUUAAAGUGUCCUCGGACGGAGAGGAAAGCAGCCCGGGGGACCAGGAUAACCAGGCUAUGGAAGAUAAUGCCCACGGUGGGAUGUUUACUUUCGAUGAGGACAUUCGUGAGCAGCCCAGGAGUCGGCAUGACGAAGUGAGCUGGUUCUCGGAUGAUUCAUGA